AUGACCUCGAAGGAGGUCAUUAUCACACCGUCGAAAGAGCCGGUGGCGAGCGCGUCGGAGCAUGAGGUGAGCCAACUGGAGGAGAUGACCUCGAAGGAGGUCAUUGUCACACCGUCGAAAGAGCCGGUGGCGAGCACAUCGGAGCAUGAGGUGAGCCAAUCGGAGGAGAUGACCUCGAAGGAGGUCAUUAUCACACCGUCGAAAGAGCCGGUGGCGAGCGCGUCGGAGCAUGAGGUGAGCCAACUGGAGGAGAUGACCUCGAAGGAGGUCAUUGUCACACCGUCGAAAGAGCCGGUGGCGAGCACAUCGGAGCAUGAGGUGAGCCAAUCGGAGGAGAUGACCUCGAAGGAGGUCAUUAUCACACCGUCGAAAGAGCCGGUGGCGAGCGCGUCGGAGCAUGAGGUGAGCCAACUGGAGGAGGUGACCUCCAAGGAGGUCAUUGUCACACCGUCGAAAGAGCCGGUGGCGAGCACAUCGGAGCAUGAGGUGAGCCAAUCGGAGGAGAUGACCUCGAAGGAGGUCAUUAUCACACCGUCGAAAGAGCCGGUGGCGAGCGCGUCGGAGCAUGAGGUGAGCCAACUGGAGGAGAUGACCUCGAAGGAGGUCAUUGUCACACCGUCGAAAGAGCCGGUGGCGAGCACAUCGGAGCAUGAGGUGAGCCAAUCGGAGGAGAUGACCUCCAAGGAGGUCAUUAUCACACCGUCGAAAGAGCCGGUGGCGAGCACAUCGGAGCAUGAGGUGAGCCAACUGGAGGAGAUGACCUCGAAGGAGGUCAUUGUCACACCGUCGAAAGAGCCGGUGGCGAGCACAUCGGAGCAUGAGGUGAGCCAAUCGGAGGAGAUGACCUCGAAGGAGGUCAUUAUCACACCGUCGAAGAGCCGGUGGCGAGCGCGUCGGAGCAUGAGGUGA